UAUUGGUACCUUUGAGAGUGAAUAGAGAGAGAGAGAAAGGUCCUUUAAUUGUGGUAUUUGAGGGCCACUGAGAGGCUUCUUGGUCCUCGUUCCCCGCCUCCAUUAAAAUGUCCAGGACCUUCUGCCGGUGACCCGGAGGGAGACCAGGAAGUUUCGUGUGUGCGUGCGUGUGUCUACCGGGGACAUGGAUGGAGAUGGUAUAGAUAUUUCAGGUGUGAGGAAGUCAUCAUCAUCGGAGGAUUGUGUGAGAGGGAAGAGUGACAGUGUUAGAUCUCGUUUGUUUCGUCGUCGAGCGCCACCUGUUGGCGAUUCGUGCGUUAGUAGCGUAUGGCAGCAAACAUUGAACGUUACGACGGCCAUGACAACGGCCCCAGCUGCCGUGAGUAUCGAAGCAGUUGCCCAGGAUUCAGCUGUACAGCCACCACCUGGACAGAUGAUCAGUGAAGAUGGUGGUAUACCUGUGCCAAAGGGUGCCCCCCCAAAGAGACCAAUCCGUCGAAGUGGUAAACCACCACCGGAUCGUCCAGUACGGGCACUCUUCUGUCUUACCCUCAAGAAUCCCAUUCGGAAAGUCUGUAUUGAUGUUGUUGAAUGGAAGCCAUUUGAGUACCUAAUACUCCUUACCAUCUUUGCCAAUUGUGUCGCCCUGGCCGUCUAUACACCCUAUCCCAAUUCUGACAGUAACACCACAAAUGCAGCUCUCGAAAAGAUUGAAUAUAUCUUCUUGGUCAUCUUCACGGCUGAGUGCGUUAUGAAGGUCAUAGCAUACGGUUUUAUGCUACAUCCAGGAGCAUAUUUGCGCAAUGGAUGGAAUCUACUGGAUUUCACAAUUGUCGUCAUUGGCAUGAUCAGUACGGCUCUGUCAAAUCUCAUGAAGGAAGGAUUCGAUGUGAAAGCCCUAAGGGCUUUUCGUGUCCUACGGCCCCUACGCCUAGUCUCAGGUGUUCCAAGUCUUCAAGUUGUCCUCAAUUCAAUUCUACGUGCCAUGAUACCACUCCUCCAUAUUGCCCUCCUAGUACUCUUUGUGAUCAUCAUCUAUGCCAUUGUCGGUCUGGAAUUGUUCAGUGGUAAAAUGCACAAGACCUGCUUUGACAAUAGCACCGGAAGUCCAAUGGAUGAUCCACAUCCGUGUGGUGAUGGUGGAUUUCAGUGCGAAAGUAUCGGACUCGUCUGUCGUUACUACUGGGAAGGACCUAAUUUUGGCAUAACCAAUUUUGACAACUUUGGACUGGCCAUGUUGACGGUUUUUCAAUGUGUAACACUCGAAGGAUGGACUGAUGUACUCUAUGACAUAGAAGAUGCCAUGGGCAACAGUUGGCAGUGGAUCUACUUCAUCAGUAUGGUGAUCUUAGGGGCAUUUUUUGUGAUGAAUCUCAUUCUUGGUGUUCUGAGUGGUGAAUUUUCCAAGGAGAGAACUAAGGCCAAAAAUCGUGGUGAUUUUCAGAAAUUGCGCGAGAAGCAACAAAUUGAGGAGGAUCUCCGUGGAUAUUUGGACUGGAUAACCCAGGCGGAAGACAUUGAACCAGAAGUUGAAUCAUCAAUGAUCCAUGCUGAUGGCGGGAUGAAGGGUAAAGUGGGAGAAAUUGCUGGUGGUCCAGUUGAUUCCAAUGAACAAUUAGGCGAUGAUGCUGAAGUUGUGCAGGAAUCAUGGUUACGAAAGCGUAAGAAGGACCUUGAGAGGAUUAAUCGACGUAUGAGACGUGCAUGCAGGAAAGCUGUUAAAUCUCAAGCAUUCUACUGGUUAAUCAUUGUUCUGGUAUUUCUCAAUACAGGUGUUCUGGCAACUGAACACUACCGUCAACCACCGUGGCUGGAUGAUUUUCAAGAAGUCACAAAUAUGUUCUUUGUAGCCCUAUUCACCAUGGAAAUGAUCCUCAAAAUGUACAGUUUGGGCUUUCAGGGAUACUUUGUAUCACUGUUCAAUCGUUUUGAUUGUUUUGUUGUUAUUGGGAGUAUUGCCGAAAUGGUUCUCACAAAUACCCACAUAAUGCCACCACUUGGAGUAUCAGUUCUUCGAUGUGUAAGACUCCUUCGGGUUUUUAAGGUUACUAAGUAUUGGCGUUCCUUGUCAAAUCUCGUGGCAUCUCUUCUGAAUUCCAUUCAAUCAAUUGCCAGUCUCCUGCUUCUGCUGUUCCUCUUCAUUGUCAUCUUUGCUCUCCUGGGAAUGCAGGUCUUUGGCGGGAAGUUCAAUUUCAACAGCACCGUGGACAAGCCAAGAUCGAAUUUCGAUAGUUUCUGGCAGAGUCUCCUCACAGUCUUCCAGAUUCUCACCGGAGAAGAUUGGAAUACUGUCAUGUACGAUGGUAUUCAGGCUUAUGGUGGAGUCGCAUCAAUUGGCAUCAUGGCAUGCAUCUACUUUAUCAUUCUCUUCAUCUGCGGAAACUAUAUCCUUCUGAAUGUCUUUUUGGCCAUUGCUGUGGACAAUUUGGCUGAUGCUGAUUCCUUGACGACAAUCGAGAAGGAGGAGAAGGAGGACGAUGGAGAGGACACCAAGGUCAAUGGGGUUAAAUCUUCACGAAGUCCAUCACCGAUUCUCGAUGUCGAUGACCUUGGUGAUGAAUACGACGAAACGGAAAAUUUUUCUGAACAUGAGGAGGAAACCAUCUCAGAGACAAGAAUUCGACUUCAGGAAGAAGAAGAAGAAGAAGAGGAAUUUGAGGAAGAAGAAGAAGAGGAAGAACUGAGUAGCAGACAGGAAGCUGUUACAGCUCGUCCUAGGCGCCUAUCUGACGUCAGCAUCAAGAAGGUGAAGAAGCCUAUUCCACGUGGUUCUGCCUUCUUUCUCAUUCCCCAUACAAACAGGUAAAUUUUCC